AUGGCGGGCUUAUCAAUCCCUUCAAGGGGCUCGGGGAAAGAUCAAAUGUUGGAACGUUACUUGAAUCUCAUGGCAGAACAUGCACCUCAAACCACGCAAGAGAUUAAAGAUGUUGAGGAAAGCACUCAUGAAACUCAAGAAGCUUCCGAGAACAGUCGAGAACAUAAGGAAUGGGAAGAAUCAAGAACAGAGUCUCAGGAUGCUCACUGGAAUCUUUUGGACUUGGGAGAAGAGGCGGGAACAAGUAUACUCUUUAUCAAAGGAAUUCAUGAAACUGAAAAGCUUCACGAAAAUUUUCAACAGCCUUCGUCAAGUCUAUUGGAUCUCCAAGAGGAACCUGGCUUGAUAGAUCUAUCUUCGCCUCAAAGACUCAGUCAACCCGAAGGAAGCCUAGAAUAUCAUGAAAAAACCAGCUCGAUCCUGUUCGAUUUAGAAGACGGGGUGUCUGAUGCAACAGCCCUGUCAUCGCCUCAAAAAGCUCAAGAGACCAAUGGAGUUCAAGAAAUCGAGUUCAAUCAAGAUACCGAAGGAACUGAAGAGUCCGAGGUAAAUCCUGGAGAGGAUGGUCAGUGGUGGGGAAUCUCCGAUCUGAAAGAAGAUUUUGCGCCUCCUCGAGUCCUACUCCGUUUCUCAGAGCUUCCCGGAAAAGUGAGACGGCAAAUAUGGAACUUCGCCCGUCCUGAAGCACGCUACAUAAAGAUUCGAGAGUCCAAAUGGAGUGCAGCACUCUACUCGGAUGCAUCAAUUCCAUUUUUGCUUCAUACUUGUCAAGAAUCUAGGAAAGAGGCUGUGAGAUGGUACGACUUAUCAUUUGCAAGGGAUCCUGAAACGGGAUUCUGGGACCAGAGGACUUUGAAUGAGCUAAUGGACAAUGCAAUUACUGAAGGUCAACGCGCCCAACCAAGAAUCUCCUUUGACUGGGAACGUGAUGGCAUAUAUUCUCAAUGUGCUCGGUGUAAUGGCCAUAGAAUGAGCUGUAGACACGCUCCCCUCUCUUUUGAUUGGCUUAGAGUGAAGCAGCUCGCAUACGAAGGUCCUCUUUCCAUCAAUCCUUUUUACAAGCUUACAUUGUGUUAUCCUGCCGUCGAAAGUAUCAUACUAAUCCGUGGUCGAAGCGCUGUUCGACGCACGGCGGUAUCACCUUCCGACUUCAUUCCAGUCAAUGAAAAAUUUGAAUGGGAAGGAGAUGAUUUGCUCGCAACUUGUCUUGAGACUGUACAGAAUACUGAUCCGGAGUGUGACGCACUUGAAACCAUCACGUCAGUUCAAAGAAUGACUUUAAUGGAUGUCAAACAGACAGAAGUGGUUGACCGAACGGAAAGUAGCUAUUGGCCUUGCCGUCAAUUGCCUUAA